CUUGAUCCGAUCGAAACAGAAAGACAUGUGGUGGGGCGAUUAGUUCGAGAGUUGGUUGCCAGUCACCAGUCCAAUGGCUAAAAUCUUUACUUAAUAAUAAUAUAAUAAGAUGGGAAAUAAUUUUUCUAUAGUUUAUUUAAAAUAUAGGGGCCAAUUUGAUAUUUUGGUUAAUCACUAAUCUCCGCCUGACAAUUCUUCACCGACCACCGCUACCUCGCUUCACUGUUCACUCUAAGCAACCAUGAGCACCGCCGAAGAAUCAAACCCGAGCUCCGACGCCGCCGCCGUUCUUGACGUGAUCUUCGCUCAGAAGAAGGCUCUCCGAUCCAAAAUCAGAAGAGAUCUCAAGUCAAUGGAUCCCACCCAAAGAUCCCAAGAAGAUGAAGCAAUACAGAAUGCAAUUCUGAAAGCUCCAUGGUUUAAAGAUUGUAAGAGACUAUGUGCUUACAUUUGUUGUAGUGCUCUUCGAGAAGUUGAUACUUCUAAAAUACUUGCACAAGUUCUUCAGACACAGUCCAAAGAUCAAAAGAAGCUCUAUGUUCCACGUGUGGAGGAUAAGAACAGAAACAUGCGAAUGUUGAACAUCUCAAGCACUGAAGAUUUAAUUGCAAAUUCAAUGAACAUUUUGGAACCAGGUCUGACAGAUGCCGAGGGAAAUGAACGUGAAGAUGUGUUGUUGGCUAAUGAACCUGUUGACUUGUUCCUUCUACCUGGACUUGGAUUUGACAAAGCUGGAAGGCGUAUAGGUCGUGGUGGAGGCUACUAUGACACUUUCUUGACAAAAUAUCAAGAUCUAGCAAAGGCGCGAAAUUGGAAGCAACCUCUCAAGAUUGCACUUUCAUACUCGGUGCAGAUAGUGGAUGCCAUACCGGUUACGCCAGAUGAUGUUCUCGUGGAUGCCCUAAUAACACCUUCCGGAGUUAUUCCUAUUAGUCAAGCUGCGCGGGAGUUUUGCCUUUAAGUAUGAUGCUUUUCUAUGUCUAGAUUUCAUUACGACAGUUGAACCAAACGCAUUCCUCCUGGGACAUUCUUGUUUGUUAUUUCAUUUCUGCAUCUCAUCUAAGAUCAUGUUAUAUGUAACCUGAUCAUAGUAUUUAAAGGAACUCUAAGAUUAUGCAAUCCACAUUGUUUUGCCAGUCCAAUUUGCAGGAUAAGAAGAAAAGAGUGUUAAUGUACUGUUUCUUUUUUUAGUUCAUUAUCAGCAUUAAUGUACUUUGGUACUAUUGCUUUUC